GGUAACUGUCAUUAGCAGAUCCGGUAACUUUACGCCAUCUUUCUUUUCGUACGUGCUAAAGCAUGCCUUUCCAAAGGUUUGUAGAAACGGGCCGGAUCGCCGUCGUCUCCGAUGGCCCAUACAAAGGAAAACUCGUCAGUAUCGUAGACGUUAUUGACCAAACCAGAGUACUGGUAGACGGACCGACCACCAGCGUGCCCAGAGGGCAAAUUAGAUUAAACCAAUUACAUUUAACGAAGUUCCGCAUCAAGUUUCCCUACGCGGCCUCCUCCCGCGUGGUCAGGAAGUCCUGGGUGGCUGCCAAUUUGGACGAGAAAUGGAAACAGUCCGUUUGGGCCAAGAAGGUCGCGGCCAAGGAAAAGCGAGCGGCUUUGACGGAUUUGGACAGGUUCAAAUUGCGCAGGGCUCGCACGACGAGGAACAAAAUCCGCACGGCCACUUACCUUUGCUUGAAGAAAGCCGCCUCGAGAGACGGUACUCUCUACGGUAAGAAGAAAAUGGCGAAAGGGGGCGAUAAGCCGAAGACCGCGAAGAAAGCGAAAAAGGAAGUCGUCAAGAAGGUCGCUAAGAAAUAAUUUAAAUAAAUAGAGGUGUUCGUUUUGUACGCGAGAAUAUCCACGCCUCUACCGCCCCCGGCGGAUCCCACUUCUGAAAUGCUCGGCGAAGAACACGCGAAUAUAAACGACAAAAGAGACGAAACCCGAAACGAAGACGUCCACAAAACGGAAGGCAAAACCAUCGAAGACGAUCUCGAGUACCCGCCAAUCGUGCGAAACGCCAACGAUCGCCUGGACGUCGAUCGUUUGCGCCAGAAAUGCAUGCACCUAUCGAAACUGCUAAACCUAAACAAACGGCCCGAAAAGACCGGGAAUUUCGAAACCAACGACGAUUACCGGCCCGUGUACGUUACCACGCAAAAACCGACCCAGAGACCCAGCAGUUUCUACGUAACAAUUCAACCAGAAAGCAACAAACUCUCCAUACCGGCCGCAUCGGCCAUCAAAUACAUCCGACUCGAGCCGGUUAUACUGCAAAAAACCAUCCUCAACAACGGCAGAACCGUCUACUACUGGCACAAGAACCUGCCCACCUCACUGGAGUACCCCGACAAACGGGAGGACCCUUCGUACGAUUAUUACCCGCCGCUUUACCACAAUUUCAAACCGUCAGAAACCGCUACGGAAACCACAACAACCACAACAACAGAAGAAACGGGAGGUUUCGGGUACGGUUUGAGCCAUUUGAUUCCGUUCUACGGGGGCGCGGAACCCACCAGCACCACCACGGGGUCGCCUGUUAAGCCGGAAGAGGCCUCUUACAAGUACUCUGCGCCGUACGACGAGUACUUCAGGCAAACGUGGCCGUACCAUCCGUAUUUCUACGCGCCUCAAUUGCAACUGGUCGUGCCCAAAGUCGAAGACCACGCGGAAGGGAUCGAUAAGUAGAUUGUAAAAUAAUAAUAGUUGAUUGUUUUUAGUUCGGUUUAAUGCGAGUAAUUUUUGUGUAGAAUAUAAGUAGUUUUGUAAAACGAAACGUGUAUACGUAAAUAGGUCGGAUGGUGCAAUUUUUUUGUAAUUUUUUUGAAUAAAAUAAAUAAUUUACAAACGUACCUCGGCUCGAAAAGGCCGAAGGUAUUUGAACCUGCGUUUUGAAAAUCUUUUUAUUUUAUUAUAUCUCACAACGAAACACCCCGUAAAAUAUUUGUAAAUAUUUGGAUGAAAUAAAUAUAAUUUGAAUGGACUUACCACCGCCAUUCUUCGCACUUUUUCUUCGCUGAUUGGAUGGCUCAAAUUGACGCGUUUGUACAAAGGGUAGGUUUGAUAGUAGUUGAUCAAUUGCACUAAACUUUCGAAUUCCACGUUGCCGAUCGUGUACAAUCGUCCUUCCAAUUUUAUCCUGCAGUGCUUUAUUUUCUUGUCCGCU